AUGCUGGUGCACACCUACCCCGCCAUGGAGCGCCCCGACGGGCCGGGCGCGGCUGCCGUUGGGGCCCGCCUGCCGCCCCUGCCCCCCGCGCCCUACGGGCCGGCGCCGCCGCUGAGCCACACGCCCGCCGCCGACUUCCAGCCGCCCUACUUCCCGCCGCCCUACCCGCAGCCGCCGCUGCCCUACGGCCCGGCGCCCGACGCCGCCGCCUUCCCGCACCUGGCGGCGGACCCGUUCGGCGGCCUGGGCCCCCUGGCGCAGCCGCAGCCCCCGCAGCCCGCCUGGGCCGCGCCCCGCGCCGCCGCCCGCGCCCACGACGAGCCGCCCGGCCUCCUGGCGCCGCCCGCCCGCGCCCUGGGCCUCGACCCGCGCCGCGACUACGCCGCCGCCGCCGCCGCCGCCGCCGCCGCGCCCCGCCUCCUGCACGGCCUGGCCGAAGCGCCCCUUGGCCUCCCGGGGCUGGCGGCGCCCCCCGGCCUGGAGGACCUGCAGGCCGUGGAUGAGCCGGGAAUGGGUUUCCUGGACCAGUCUGUGAUCAAGAAAGCCCCUGUGCCCCCCAAAGCCAGCGGCCUGGCGGCCCUCUCGCUGCCCAAAGACGGCCUGGGUGGUGGCGUCGUGAACCCCAGCGAGGUCUUCUGCUCGGUGCCAGGCCGCCUGUCGCUGCUCAGCUCCACGUCCAAGUACAAGGUGACGGUGGGGGAGGUCCAGCGGCGACUGUCGCCUCCCGAGUGCCUCAAUGCGUCCCUCCUGGGUGGUGUCCUUCGCAGGGCCAAGUCCAAGAACGGGGGCCGCUGCCUGAGGGAGCGCCUGGAGAAGAUCGGGCUCAACUUGCCCGCCGGCCGUCGCAAGGCCGCCAACGUGACGCUCCUGACCUCCCUGGUGGAAGGAGAGGCCGUGCACCUGGCUCGAGACUUCGGCUACGUGUGCGAGACCGAGUUCCCGGCCAAGGCGGCGGCGGAGUACGUGAGCCGCCAGCACGCCGAGCCCGCGCAGCUGCCCGGCCGCAAGAGCAUGCUGCUGGCCGCCAGGCAGAUCUGCAAGGAGUUCGCCGACCUGAUGGCGCAGGACCGCUCCCCGCUGGGCGCCAGCCGCCCGGGCCUGCUGCUGGAGCCGGGGGUGCAGGGCCGCCUGACGCACUUCAGCCUGCUCACGCACGGCUUCGGCGGGCCGGCCAUCUGCGCCGCGCUCACCGCCUUCCAGAACUACCUGCUUGAGUCGCUCAAGGGCCUGGACCAGAUGUUUGCAGGCCCGGCCGGCGGGCCCGGGGAGCCCGAGGCCCCGGGGAAGGACGCCAAGCGCCGCAAGUGA